GUGAAGAGAGACAUUCUCUUAUCGUUUUCAACUUUUUCGAGAAUAGUCCAAUCCUCAAAAAAAACCUAGAAUCAUCCCCCGAUAGUCGGCAGAUCUCCAGCGAUUCCAAACCCGACCCAUCUCGAUUCGAACCAAUCCCGAUCGACCCGUUUACCCAAGAUCCAACCUUGUCAGAUGAAUCCACCGAUCCCCAUCCCAGCCUCCUCUUCUCCGGCGAUGGACGCUUCGCCGCUUCUAAACCGCAACAGGCGCAACAUCCCUCGCCCCUCCCAGCCCCUCCGAGGCGCAGCGUCGAGGCUCCUCCGCCGCGCUAGCAACCGUCGGAUGAUGCUCCGCGAGCCUUCCGUUAGAGUCCGCGAGGUGGCGGCUGAGCAGCUCGAGGAGAGGCAGAGCCAAUGGGCCUACUCGAAGCCCAUCAUAGCCCUCGAUAUACUCUGGAACUUUGCGUUUGUGAUUGUGUCGAUUGCGAUUCUAGGGUUUAGUCCUGAAGAGCAUCCUGAGGUUCCUCUGAGGCUGUGGAUUGCUGGGUAUAGUCUCCAGUGUUUGUUUCACGUUGGUUGUGUGAUCGCUGAGUAUAGACGACGAAGACGACAAGCUAAUCCUCAGAGUGAAGAAGGGUCUGAAAAUCACGGGUCUUUCAGCGGAAGCGAAGACGAAUCUGAUGGUUAUGGCGUUGACGACGGUGAUGAUGAUCAUCGAGCUAGUUUCGCCAAGCACAUUGAGUCAGCAAACACGAUGUUCUCUUUUGUGUGGUGGAUCAUUGGGUUUUACUGGGUCACUGGUGAUACGGAGGCACUUGCUCAGUCUUCGCCUCGUCUCUACUGGUUGUGUGUUGCGUUCCUUGCUUUUGAUGUGAUCUUUGUUGUCAUUUGCGUUGCGGUUGCUAGUCUAAUCGGUAUUGCUGUUUGCUGUUGCUUGCCUUGCAUCAUCGCCAUCUUAUACGCAUUAGCAGAUCAGGAAGGCGCGCCUGAUGAAGAGAUAGAGAGACUUUCGAAGUUUAAGUUCCUUACAGUAAAGGAUUCUGAGAAAGUGAAUGGCGAAGUCCAGGAAACUCAAGGAGGGAUAAUGACUGAGUUAGGUGUUGAUUCUCAAACCGAACGUGUGAUAUCUAGCGAUGAUGCUGAAUGUAGCAUUUGUCUGUGUGCUUACGAAGAUGGAGCAGAGCUUAGGGAGCUUCCUUGUAGACACCACUUCCACAGUGUAUGUGUAGACAAAUGGCUAAGGAUCAACGCGACUUGUCCUCUCUGCAAGUUCAACAUCCUCAAAAAUGAACAUAGUGGCAUUGAACAAGUGUGAGGAAGACGAUUAAUUUCUCUUUAAGUUAAUGUAUGCGAAUGUGAUGAGCUACUCAUCAUUAUCAUCAAUCACUACCUUAAACCUCGUUUAUUAUUUGACUACUAGAGAGGGAAGAACAAGAGAAGACCGUAAGAUUUGUUUUUGAGAACAAAGCUGCAGUUUUUUUUGUCAUUGUUUAUUUUCUUUCUUUUAUAUAAUUUUGUAAAUGCAAUAAGUAAAUAGUUCGGUCGAAUGUUGUUUACUUGAGCGAGGCAAAGAGAUCUGAGCUUGAUUUAUUUA